AUGGCAGGGAUCCUCGCCUGGUUCUGGAACGAGCGGUUCUGGCUGCCGCACAACGUCACCUGGGCGGACCUGCAGAGCACGGAGGAAGCCGCCUUCCCGCAGGCGGAGGACCUCUACCUCGCCUUCCCCCUGGCCUUCUGCAUCUUCAUGAUCCGGCUGCUCUUCGAAAGGUUCAUUGCUAAACCAUGUGCCUUAGGCCUUAAAGUCCAAGCCAACGGACCACAGAAAGCUCAACCUAAUGCUAUACUGGAAAAAGUUUUCACAGCUAUUACAAAGAACCCAGAUGAGAAGAGGCUGGAGGGCCUCUCCAAGCAGUUGGACUGGGAUGUACGCAGCAUUCAACGUUGGUUUCGACAAAGGCGCAACCAAGAAAAGCCCAGCACUCUUACAAAGUUCUGUGAGAGCAUGUGGAGAUUUACAUUUUACCUUUAUAUAUUUACCUAUGGAGUACGGUUCCUGAAAAAGACACCCUGGCUCUGGAAUACCAGACAGUGCUGGAAUGGGUAUCCAUAUCAGCCACUGAUGCCUGACCUUCAUUAUUACUACAUAGUUGAAUUGUCAUUCUACUGGUCCUUAAUGUUUUCUCAAUUCAUUGACAUCAAAAGAAAGGAUUUUGGCAUCAUGUUUACACAUCACAUUGUAACAGUCACCCUGAUAACCUUCUCAUAUGUAACCAAUUUGACACGAGUGGGAACCUUGACCUUAUGUCUCCAUGAUGCGGCUGAUGUUGUCCUAGAGGCUGCCAAAAUGGCAAACUAUUGCAAGUGUCAAAAACUGAGUGACCUUCUGUUCCUUACAUUUGCCAUUGUCUUCAUUGUCAGUAGGCUUGGCAUAUAUCCCUUGUGGAUAUUAAACACAACGUUGUUUGAACUGUAUGAAGCUCUGGGCAAUUUUCCUGCCUUGUGGGUCUUCAACAUGCUGCUUGUGAUUCUUCAAAUUCUGCACUGUUUUUGGUCUUACCUAAUCAUAAAGGCAGCCUACAAAGCUAUUUCAAAGGGCAAGGCUGGGAAGUGGAACCCCUUGCAUGUAACAAAGGAUGACCGAAGUGACAUUGAGUCAAGCUCAGAUGAGGAAGAAACAGUACCUCGUUCAAAGACCCCGCACAGCACUAUCACCACUAAUGGGACCGGCGGUGCCAAUGGGACAAACGGUUAUCUUACUGGUGGCACUUGCUCAGAGGAGCAUUAA